AUGGCCGGCGGACAUGACGAAGAUCUGAUGCCCGAGGACAACUCGGGCUACAAGCUCUCUCAGCCCAAGCAGUCCUUGGCUGAGUACCAGAAGAUGGACGAAAACGACGAGUCCCUCAAGCGCUACAAGGAGUCCCUCGGCCUCGGCGGCGGCACCGACCUGUCCGACCCCAACGACCCGCGCGUGUGCAUCAUUCACUCGCUCUCCAUGGAGUCUCCCGGGCGCGAUCCCGUCGUGAUCGACCUUUCCACUCCCGGGUCGCUGGAGGACCUCAAGAAGAAGCCCUUCACCAUCAAGGAGGGAGCCAAGUUCACCAUGAAGGCGCAGUUCAAGGUACAGCACGAGAUUCUUUCGGGUCUUCACUACGUCCAGACCGUGAAGCGCGGCAAGAUCAGGAUCCCCGGUGGCAAGACGAGCGAGAUGAUUGGCAGCUAUGCGCCCAAUACGGAUAAGAAUCCUAUUUAUACCAAGACUUUCGCCGAGGAGGAGGCCCCCUCUGGUAUGCUCGCCCGCGGUAACUACAAUGCCGUCUCUCGCUUCGUCGACGACGAUGGCAAGACCCAUCUCGAGUUCGAGUGGAGCUUCGACAUUGCCAAGGAUUGGUAA